UCUCUCUUUUGCUCCCACCUUGCUCUUGCUCAUUCUCUCCCUCUCUCUUCCCACUCCUAAACCAAGUACAGGGAUAGUUUUCUCAUUCUUAGUGACAUAAAAGUUGCUUGUGAACAAGAAGAUGCUGGGCACUUUGGGUGACUAGCACCAUCCCCACUUUUUUUCUUUUAAACUGCUGAGCUCUUGUUUACCAGUACAUUCUUCGAUUCCCAUUGCCACUAAAGCUGAAUGUUACUUGGGUGGAAAGCACAAUCGCUUUCUUUUCUUUUCUAGAUCCUUAAACCCUUUGCUAAUGUUACUGCCUGAGAGUCCCCAAAGCCAGGGUUCUAGAAGAAUUUGGCAUGCCUGAGAGCUGAACCAUAAAAUAAUGGAGUAGGGCCGGCCGGGCUGCCGGCCUUUAGGUGCUGCACUGUCCUGAAGCUUGGGCCAUGCCUUCACCUGCAGAGGGCCUGUGACGCUCUGGAGCAGGAAGUACUCGGGGCACCCACAGAGGAGGGAUGGGCCCCGGGCGGCCCCCUGUGGACAGGCGGAUGCUCCUGGUCUGCAGCUGUAUCCUGGCAGCAGCUUUAGGCCAAAUGAAUUUCACAGGAGACCAGGUCCUUCGAGUCCUGGCCAAAGAUGAGGAGCAGCUUUCACUUCUGAGGAACCUGGAGGGCAUGAAGCCCCAGAAGGUGGACUUCUGGCGCGGCCCGGCCAGGCCCAGCCUCCCUGUGGACAUGAGAGUUCCUUUCUCUGAACUGAAAAACAUCAAGUCAUAUCUGGACUCUCAUGGUCUUGAUUACAGCAUCAUGAUCAAAGACAUCCAGGUGCUGUUGGAUGAGGAGAGAGAAGCCAUGGCGAAAUCCCGCCGGCUGGAGCGCAGCACCAGUAGCUUCAGUUACUCCUCUUACCACACCCUGGAGGAGAUAUAUAACUGGAUCGAUAGUUUUGUAACAGAACAUUCAGAUAUUGUCUCAAAAAUCCAGAUUGGCCAGAGCUUUGAAAACCGGUCCAUUCUUGUCCUGAAGUUUAGCACUGGAGGUUCUCAGCGCCCAGCCAUCUGGAUUGACACUGGGAUUCACUCUCGAGAGUGGAUCACCCAUGCCACCGGCAUCUGGAUUGCCAAGAAGAUUGUCAGUAAAUACAGCAAAGACCCCAUCCUGAUAAACAUACUGAAUGCCAUGGACAUCUUUAUGGAGAUUGUCACCAACCCUGAUGGGUUUGCUUUUACCCACAGCAUGAACCGCUUGUGGCGAAAGAACAAGUCCACCAGACCUGGAAUCUUCUGCAUUGGCGUGGAUCUCAACAGGAACUGGAAGACGGGUUUUGGAGGAAAUGGUUCUAACAAAAACCCCUGCUCAGAGACUUACCACGGACCCUUUCCUCAGUCAGAGCCAGAGGUGGCUGCCAUUGUGAAGUUCAUCACGGCCCACGGGAAGAUCAAGGCCCUCAUCUCCAUCCACAGCUACUCUCAGAUGCUCAUGUACCCUUAUGGCCACACACUGGAGCCUGUUUCAAACCAGAAGGAGUUGUACCAGCUGGCCAGGGAGGCAGUGAAGGCCCUGUAUGAGGUCCACGGGGUCGAGUACAUCUACGGCAGCAUCAGCACCACCCUCUAUGUAGCCAGCGGGAUCACCGUUGACUGGGCCUACGACAGCGGCAUCAAGUACGCCUUCAGCUUUGAGCUCCGGGACACCGGGCGCUAUGGCUUCCUGCUGCCAGCCACACAGAUCGUCCCCACCGCCCAGGAGACGUGGAUGGCCAUUCGCACCAUCAUGGAGCACACCCUGAAGCACCCCUACUAGGGGCUAGACCCAGGGCACUCCCGAGGCCUGGGGCUCCUCCUGAAACCCAAGUUAUGCAUCACCCCCCACCCCCAUCCCGCCCCUGCACCCAUGCCCUGACCCCUGAGAUAAUAAAAACAAGUUUGAACAGGC